GUUUUAUGUAGAUAUACAUAUAUAUAUAUAUAUAUCGUAGAAUUUGAAAAGCAUUCCGGAAAUUUCAGAAGUUGACACCACAUACUCAUUUCCUUUUGUUUGUAUUUGUUUCUGUAAAGCAGGUCAAAGAAGGUGGUGUUUGGGUAGCAUCAAAUGUCAAUGGGGAACGACACGACCUGGGUGGGGAAGAAGCCUCUGAGACGCAUCGGGGGCAUGUCAGAUGCCCUCUCCAUUGCUGCAGAUCUCGGCUUCUCCGUUGCCCGACCUCCUUCCCAGGAAGAUCUCCAAAAUUUAUCUUCUGCAACAGGGGAAAAAGGUGAUGAUUUAAUCAAGGUCUUAAGAGAGUUAACAACUGUGCAAAGAAAAAUUGCAGACCUCCAAGUGGAACUUCAAGGUCGAAAGGAUGACAAGAAUGUGGCCCAUUUAACACACGUGAGUGAGAUGGAAAAGAAGUGCGAGACCUUGGCAAGGAUUACUACAAUUCUGAAAGAUGUUAUUCAGAAUAAGGAUCGCAUUAUAGCUCGACUUCAGCAACCAUAUUCACUAGAUUGCAUUCCUGUAGAAGCAGAAUAUCAGAAACAAUUCUCUGAGUUGCUGAUGAAGGCUGCUAGUGAUUAUGGUGCCUUAACUGCAUCUGUAGCAGAUUUCCAAUGGAGUCAAAAUUUUAAGGAAUCUCCAUCAAUUUGGGGGGAGAUGCUCCGCCCGAUUCCUGUUGCUUUAGCAUCAUGUACUCGAUUCUUUGAAGCUAUGUCUGCAAUGAGAGAAUCAUUUUCAACCCUUCAAAAUUUGAGGGUGGGUAAUUCGAUGUCCUCAUUGCCAACAACACCAGCCAAGGAUGCAUCUCAAAGGACCGGCGAGUCUGAGUGUGUUACUCCUCCACCAUGGAGAAGCGAACCUAGCUUUGAUGACUUAUCGAUCAGAAACGCGAGGAGGCAAGGACCAGAGCGGCAAGAAGCCGAGGAUGAAAAUAGUGAAGUGGGUGAUUUCAAUCAGGUUGAUGGCACAAGCCAGAGAAGAUUGUCUUGGCCUCCUUCAGUUAAAAAGAGUGGUAGUUAGUCAGGAGUGUGGAUAAACUCAUUUUCUAGUUUGUCUCAACUCUUUCUGUGUCUAAAGAUUAAAUUUCUACUUUGUUAUUUUUAAAUAUUUGAAUUGGUGUAUGUCACCAGCACCACCAUUAGUGGAUCUGUGGAUUUGCUGCGUAGCAGUAAAUUAGACAUGUUAUUA